UUAAUAAAGUAUUGUUUGAUUCAAUCUGUUCUCAGGUGUCGUGGAUUCGUCGAAAAGAUUUUCACGUAAUCACAGUGGGAAAAUUUACCUAUACAUCAGACCAACGCUUUCAAGCCGUUCAUAUGGAUAAUAGCGACGACUGGACUCUUCAGAUACGUUACCCUCAGAGAAGAGAUGCAGGAAUUUACGAGUGCCGUAUCAACUCUUCCAAAGAUGAGUUUGUUUGUUGAGCUCAAUGUAAUC